AUGAGUUCCCCUAUGACCUCUCUUAUCACUGGUGCGAAUCGCGGUAUCGGCCGCGGCUUCAUCCAGCAACUCCUCCAGAAGCCCUUAACGACUGUCAUUGCCGCCGUUCGCGACCCCUCGCACCCGACUUCCAAGGCCCUCGCAGAUCUGCCCAGGGGGACCGACAGCCAGCUCAUUGUCGUCAAAUUGGAUUCUACAGUGGAUACUGACGCCGCCGCCGCCGUGGCUGAACUUCGUGAGCGAGGUGUUAGCUCUUUGGACGUCGUCAUCGCCAACGCCGGCAUUGCUCAGGGCGGUACUAGCGUACGCAACACGUCAGUAGCCAAUACGCAGAAGCAUUUCAGCGUCAAUGCCAUCGGCCCUUUGACUCUUUUCCAGGCCACCGCCGACCUGCUUCAGGCCAGCAAGAGCGGCAGUCCCAAGUUCAUUGCUGUGUCGACCGUCAUUGGCUCGAUCGGCUCUCAAGAGAUUUUCACCAACUUUCCCAAAGUUUCCAGCCCCUACGGAGCGUCCAAGGCGGCCCUGAACUGGUUCAUCCGCCUUCUUUCAUUCGAGGAGCCCUGGUUGACCAGCUCGGUCUUCCAUCCGGGACUGGUGGAAACGGACCUAACUUCUGGCGGGAGUAUGAACUUGAAGGCAUUGGGCGCCAUCUCCGUGGAGACCAGUGUGGAGGACAUGCUCAAGGCUAUUUGGAGCAUUGAGCCAAAGGAUCUCAGUGGGACUUUCUGGAAUCACGAUGGUACCAUCAUUCCCUGGUAA